UCUUCUUUAUAAAACGUGCUGUGACCAGACAGAAAGACCCAGAGUCUGGGCCUAAUGUGAAGAGUGAAAAAUACGGCAUUUGUUCCUGGAUGCUGCCAGACGUGUGUGGUGUGUUAGAAUGAUGGGGAACAGAUUUUUAUUGACCGUAAAGGAGUAUUGCAGUCACAGCGUUUAGUCUAUUGCUGUGGUCGUUCAGUUCAAUGGGCAGUUAGAUUCGAUUUAACAAGUGCUUACUAUGAGCGGAGGUUACGACGUGGAGUACUUCGUGGACAGUCCCGGCCAGGAUCUGAUCUGCUCGAUAUGCCGAGGGGUUCUGCGGUGCCCGGUCCGAGUGGGGUGCCACCACGUCUUUUGCAAAAAGUGCAUUUUGCAGUGGCUGAGGAGGAAGGAGUCGUGCCCAUGCUGCCGGAAGCCCAUCAGAUGCAACCUGAUAUUUGUGAUGUACAAGCUGAGUAAAUCCAUUGGACGCUUGAAGGUUAAGUGCAGAAAUGCAGCCUGUGGCUGCCCAGCCACCUUCCCCCUCGCUCAGCUGUACUCUCACAGCACCCGGUGCCUGUUCGAGGUGGUGCCCUGCCCCCAGCAGGGCUGCGGGGCCCAGGUGCAGCGCGGGGAACUGCAGGCGCAUGCAGAGCUCUGUGAACACCGGUGCCGGCCCUGCCCUAUGGGCUGCGGCAGCGUACUGUCGCAGCAGGACCGUGCACAACACAACUGCUACCGGCAGCUGCAGCAGGAGCUGGAGGCCCGGCAAGAGGCACAACGUGUCGCCGUCACCGGCCUGCAGCGGCAAAUCAGGAAAAUAGAAAGCAGCAUGACCCGCAUGAGGAGACAGGUCGGCCUGCUGUGCAAGAGCCUCGGCGUCAAGGACCACCAGGAGGGGGCAGCAGAGGGCGACACAGAGAGCAGCAGCUUCUGAAAAGUUAAGCGGUUGAAAGACAAACAAAUGAAGAAAUCGGAGACUUUUCCCGCAACCCUGCUGGAUAAUGGACGGAGCAAUUUAUAAAUUUGGCAGUUUGGGUUUGACAAGUUAAUUUUAACAAUUUGGAUAGAUAUACUUUAUUAAUACUAAUUGAGAAUUUCUGACUAUUUUAUAAUAAUGGCAUAAUAUUGUCUUAACAUUUCCACUCCUUAUUGCUUGCGCCCGUUUACACAUUAUGACAUUAAACUGGUUAAUAAAGAAAU